UAUUCAUUUAGUUUAAUUUCCUGUGUUUCUUGAUGGAUGGUUGACAUGUUUAUGAAGAGUAUAAUAUUCUUAGUAAUUCAAGUUACAUGUUCUUGUGUGUGAAUUGGGCAUAUAUGAUAUAUCUGCUGAUCUUAUUCAUUUUAUAUUUAGGUGACGAUUUUGUUCUUCAUCUCUAAGUGAAUGCACUUCUCCAUUUUCUGUAGAUCAGAUUCUUGAACUGGGACUCAAUUACGGGCUUCUACCCUGAGUGUUUCUUGAAAAAUACCGAGUGUUUUUGGAGAUAAGGGUGUUGAGAAAAUGAGUUCAUGGGGUGAUCCAGAUGAGAAUGUGCCACGUGAUAAAGCUGGGACUAGGGGUGGAAGGGGUGGUUCUUAUGUACUACCUCACCUUAGGAACAGAGCACCGGCAGCCAGAACUCCAGCUCCCUCACAUAGUGCCCCAACAUUUAGUAGUGACAGGUCAGGUGAUAGUGGACCAGGAAGGGGGUCAAGGUGGGGUGGUCCUAGGCAAGGUGGUGGCCGGGGUGGUGAUCGCGGUGGUGGUGAUCGCGGUGGGAGAGGCUGGGGCAGCAGAGGUGGUGGCUGGGGCAGCAGAGGUGGUGGCCGGGGUAGAGAGCAGGAGGUGAACCCUUUUGGUAAUGAUGAUAUUGAUGGUGGUGCAGAAACUGGCAAUCCACAGGAAGGUACUGGUAUUAAUUUUGAUGCUUAUGAGGAUAUUCCUGUAGAAACAAGUGGGGAAAAUGUGCCACCUCCCGUGAAUACAUUUGCGGAGAUAAACUUGGGCAAUACCCUAAACCUGAAUAUUACGAGGUGCAAAUAUGUUAAACCAACUCCUGUGCAACGGUAUGCAAUACCCAUUUCUCUAGCUGGACGAGAUCUGAUGGCUUGUGCUCAGACUGGGUCUGGAAAGACAGCUGCUUUUUGUUUCCCAAUUAUUAGUGGAAUCAUGAGAGGGAAUAAUCCGCAGAGACCGCGUGGAGUACAGACUCUUUACCCACUUGCUCUAAUUCUUGCACCGACAAGAGAGCUUUCAAUGCAGAUUCUUGAGGAAGCUAAGAAGUUCUCCUAUCAAACUGGUGUGAGAGUUGUAGUUGUUUAUGGUGGGGCUCCAAUAGUCGAACAGCUCUGGGAACUAGAGAAAGGAGUUGAUAUUCUUGUGGCAACUCCUGGAAGAUUAGUUGAUUUGGUUGAGAGAAGAAAGGUCUCAUUGCGGAUGAUAAGAUAUUUGGCACUUGAUGAGGCUGAUCGUAUGCUGGAUCUGGGAUUUGAGCGUCCAAUCAGAAAAAUAGUGGAGGAAAUGGAUAUGCCCCCAUCUGGUGUAAGGCAGACUAUGCUGUUCAGUGCCACAUUUCCAAAGUCGAUCCAGAGUCUUGCAUCUGAUUUUCUCUCGAACUACAUAUUUUUGGCUGUUGGAAGGGUUGGUUCCAGUACCGAUUUGAUUGUUCAGAGAGUUGAAUUUGUUAAAGACAAUGACAAGAGAAGCUAUCUGCUGGAUGUUCUUCAUGCAGAGAAGGCAAAUGAAAUUCAUGGCAAGAAAGCUCUAACUUUGGUAUUUGUGGAAACAAAGAGGCGGGCGGAUUCAUUGGAACGUUGGUUGUGCUCAAAUCAAUUUCCUGCAACUGCCAUUCACGGUGAUAGAACACAACAGGAAAGAGAGCAUGCAUUAAGGGCGUUUAAGACAGGGGGUACUCCCAUUUUAGUUGCAACUGAUGUGGCAUCGCGUGGUCUUGAUAUUCCUCAUGUUGCUCAUGUCAUCAAUUUUGACCUCCCUAACGACAUAGAUGAUUAUGUGCACCGGAUAGGAAGGACAGGGCGUGCUGGCAAUACAGGAUUGGCAACAGCCUUUUUUAAUGAAACUAAUGUACCAUUGGCCAAAGCAUUGGCGAAUCUGAUGCAAGAAGCUAAGCAAGAGGUACCUAAUUGGUUGACCGGCUAUGCUAAUGCUCCCCGUUCACACAGCGGAGGUAGAGGCAAGCGGUCUGGUGGGGGCCGUUUUGGUGGCCGUGACUUUAGAAGGGAGGAUUCCUCCUCAUUUGGAAGAGGCAGGAGUGGCGGCGGUGGUUAUGGCGGUUCUAGUGGGGGAGGAUAUGGCGGUUCUAGUGGGGGAGGAUAUGGCGGUUCUAGUGGGGGAGGAUAUGGCGGCGGUGGUUAUGGCGGUUCUAGUGGGGGAGGAUAUGGCGGUUCUAGUGGGGGAAGUGCGUGGGACUAACUAAUGUGUCCCCAUGGGAUUGGGAAUUUUAGAUUUUCAGUGGUGCAAAAAUGUGGUUGACUGAUUUUCUUGUCUUACAUAGUUACAUUUUUUGAAUUCAUCCAUCCUGUUGAGGAAGGCAGCCCAGAUUUUGUCA